AUGAAUGGUCGUUCGAUAAACUACGAUAACUUGAAUGGGAUUGGAGCUGGUCGGGCACCUCCUCCCGUUCCGCCGAAGCCCAAAAUGAACAUUGUACGACCAACUUCCAUGUCGCCACCACCGCAAACAAAUCAACUGGCAAUCGAGAAGGAUUCACCCGGCUUCGCACCAUCUAUCACUCGUGGCAGCCUGUUCACUGCUGCGAAAAAGGAGGAGGUGAUAAAGUUCUAAAC